AUGAGUUCUAUUCCGCUCGCCAAUUUGUCGCUCUUCCCCGCUACACCUGAGCAAACACUGGAAUCCCGAAAGCGUACUGCUGUCCAGUGGGCGAACGGGUUGACUGCAGCAGAGUACGUGCGACGGGAUGUGGUGAUGGAUGCGCAGGAGCAUGCAGCGGAGGGGAAUCUGACGACGUGGGUCCUGGCGCCCAGAACUGACCCAGCGACACUGGACUUUUUCUGCUCGUGUGAGACAUUUCGCCGGACUGCAGCAAUCGCACGUCCAGGUGCACACUCUGAGGCAGAAGAAGUUGUCGCCUACGGUGUAGCUUCUGUGUAUACACCUCCCGAGAAGCGGCGGAAUGGAUAUGCGCGACACAUGAUGCGCCUUUUGCAUUGGGUCCUUGCGCCGCGGAGUACACUCCCCACGUUCCCUCCGGCCUGGGGUGCGCCGCCAGAUGCGGGACACGGCAAUGCCCAAUUUUCCAUCUUGUACAGCGAUCUUGGCAGCCAAUUCUACCACGCAUGCGGUCCCGAUGAAGACCAAGCAUCGGGAUGGGCCGAAUUAGGAUCAAUCGAGACGAGCUUGACGUUGCCUCUGGUAGCAAUCCUUGGUUCUGCAGCCGACUCUUCGCAUAGUUGGAUGUGGUUGACGGAGGACGACGUGAAACGUGUGUGGGAGCAGGACGCCGAGUGGAUGAAGGCCGACUUGGCUGCUAGUGCGUCCUCCACCGGUCGUCUGCAGGCCGCAUUCCUGCCGAACAAGGGCGUCGCGGACUCCACGGUGCAGAGGACGAUGGCGUUUCAAGCAGACAUGCAACCUGUCCUCCCGCUAGAUACAUGGGGGGUCUUCUUACUCUCACACGAGGGAGCCGCACUGCGGGAUGUACUCACAGACCACGAGGGCGAAUAUCCCACAUUCGCGACGUGGUCAUUGGAUACACUCGCGUCCUCGCGCACACUCAUCGUCACACGGCUCCGGGCAACGAAACGAACUCUUCCUGCACUCGUACAGCAGUUGCUCGAGUAUGCUGGGAAGUGUGAUGCGCGGAAGAUUGAGAUCUGGGGGAUGCAGGAGGAGCUGCAGGAGGUUGCGAAUGGGCUGGGCUGGACGACUUCUGCGCGGCCCAAUCAUUUGUCGUCUUUUAAAUGGUAUGGAAAGGAGGUGGGCGAGGAGAUCGAUUGGAUGUUCAACGAGAAGGGUCGUCAGCUUGUUUCGCUGAGAUAA